GAGAGAGAGGAUGACGCCGUGACGUAGCUGCCUGCAGAGGGGCCCGCUUGGCCGCGAGGAGCAGAAGCAGCCACGCGCUACUGUCGGCGAUAUGCGACAGACGCCCGCUGCGAAACACCGCGAGAAAGUACGACAACAGGGCGCCGACUAGCACCGCGACGGCACCGGGAACUUUAAAGAGACACGUCGACAGCAAUGCGGCACCGCUCCUCGCCGCGGAGUUAACGUGCGUGUUGACACCUCGACGCUUUUCGGGAGGUAACGGCGGAUUUGGGCUAACCCGCCCCCCUCCCCAUCCCAAUCCCCAUCCCCUCCCUCUCCUUCCCCCCCUCCCGGAGCGUGCCGGUGACCUCGCCGUCCCGCCUCGUCGCCGGUGCUCGGACAUGUCCUCGGUAAACUCGGAUGACGAACAGCCACAGAGAUGGGUCCCCACGCACGUGCAGGUGACGGUGCUCAGGGGACGGGGCUUGCGGGGCAAGGGCAAGAACGGCACCAGCGACGUGUACACCAUCAUCCAGGUGGGCAAGGAGAAGUACUCCACCUGCGUGGUGGAGAAGACCACGUCGCCAGAGUGGAAGGAGGAGUGCUCGUUCGAGCUGCUGCAGGGGGUCCUGGAGGAAGGGGGACGGGGCGCCUACCCUCCCGGCAGCUGCGACCUGGUGCUCACGGUCAUGCACCGGGCGCUGAUUGGGCUGGACGUCUUCCUGGGCCAGGCGGUCAUCCCCCUGGACAAGGCCUUCCAGGACCACAUCUACGCGAAGACCGAGGCGGAGUGGGUCAACCUGCGCUCCCGCUGGUUCCGGCUGAACUCCAAGACGGGUAAGAAGGAGAAGGAGCGGGGGGAGGUGCAGGCCACGGUGCAGUUCACCCGCAACAACCUGACGGCCAGCAUGUACCACCUGGCCAUGAAGGACAAGGGCCACUCCGCCUUCAGCAAGCUCAAGGAGCGCAUGCGCGGCAAGAAGCGCUCCUCCAUGGACGACGACGCCCCGGCGCCCACCCCUCCCCCGAGCGGCGGCGGCGGCGGCGGUGGCGGCGGAGGGUCGCUGCCGCGCACCCGGUUGCCUAGCGACGGCGGCGGGGAGGAGGAGUACGAGGACGACGAGGGUGGAGAGGGCCGGAGGAACAAGAUGAGGACGUUCUUCCUGCGCGGGAAGCUGCGGAAGUCGUCGGAGACGCGCUCCAGCACCUCACUGGGCUCGGAGAGCAGCGAGUCGUCGUCGCGCGGCGGCAGCCUCAGCCCCACGGCGGGCAUCAGCGUGGUGGUCUCCGACCUCUCCAACUCGCCCAGCAACAGCAGCAACCUGACCGCCGACAACAGCCCCGAGCACACGGCCGACACCUCCCCCAAGCUCUCCCCCGACGACAGCGAGUUCGGCGACGACUGCCACGAGAUCAGCAUCGCCGUGCCCGCCCUGUACCGCAACGGGGGGGUCCACCACGCCUACCACGCCCCGCCCCCGCAGCCCGGCCCGGGCGAACCCCUAGCGCCCGCGGCGGCGGCGGCGGCGGCGGCGGCGAAGGCGUCCCCCCUGGGCCUGGGUCUGCACCUCAAGCCCCUCCCCACCUCCGUGUCCCUGCAGAACAUCAGCCCCCGCGAGGAGGAGCUCCCCAGGGGGGCGGGGGGCGCGGGUGACGGGCGCCGCUGGUCCUUCGACAAGCCCGGCGAGGACGAGAAGGCGGCCAUCGCGGCGGCGUUGGAGAAGAGCGGGCCGAUGGUCGGCGACGACGAAGAGGAGGAGGAGGAGGAGCGGUCGAGGAGCGCGGCGGCGCCGCCGGGCGCCACCGGGGCGGCGAGGGAGAGCUACGACCGGAAGCAGCAGCAGCAGCAGCAGAAGAAGAAGAAGGGCGACUCUGGCGGCAGGGUCGGGUCGGAGGCGGCCCCCCAGGAGAAGACCGGCAAGGGCUGGUUCGGCUCGAAGGAGUGCAACAGCAAGCCAAGCCCCCGGGUGUCCCCUAAGCUAGGGCCCAUCCCCGAGUCCCACUCCCCACCGCUACCCUCAGUGCCCCCCCCGUCCCAACACCCAUCCUGGUGCUCCUGGGCUCCUCCUGCACCCCCAGGGUCAACCCCCCCGGGCUCCCCACUGCACCCCACUAACCCCUUCUGCCACUCCCAGUGCAGCCCGCCACCAGCUCCCAUGUCACCCAGUAACCCCUUCUUCUCCACACUCCAGCAAAACCCCUCCUCUUCCGGGGCGGCGCUCUCCGACCCGCCUCUAAUGCCCCGGCCUCCGCCUCUGCCUUACCUCUCCAGCGCCCGGCCUCCCAUAGCUCACCUCUUCUCCCAGGACCCCGACCCCGUCCCCGGCCUGCUGCGCGAACGUCCGUCCCCAAAGGGACGCGCGGUCGGCGCCUCGGACGCAACCGCCGGCGGAGAAGCGUUGGCUAGACUGAAACGGAGGCCCCUCCCACAUCCUCCCCCAGGCGAGGAGGAGGAGGCGGCUUCGAACGGGAGGUCCCCGAACCCUUUCAACUCCGUCGGCACCGCGGCGCCGGAGUUGGAGUGGGAUGAUCCCUUCGAGGCGUUUGUGUCCUGCAGGCUGCAGUCGUCCGACGACGAGCCCGCUGGACCAACGGACCCCAAGAACGCCCCGGCCCAGAACUCGCCGAAAGGUUCUCUCGUGGAAUUCUGGCACCCUGACAAAGAAGAACCGUCCAAGUCUCCGGAUCCCCUCAAAGACUCCGACGUGGUUCAGGCAUCCCCCCCCCAACCCGCGGACGUCUUUUUGGAUACGGCCCCGGAACCCUGGUCUGAUGGGUUUGCACAGUUCCCCACCGCCAUCCCAGCGACCAAUCAGAAUGCCGGCAUGCUGCUAACCACCUCCCUAGAUUCAUCAGAGAAUCACGACGGGGAUACUGUCACUAACCUAGCUAACCCUUCCUCUAACACUGAUUGUUUAACACGCACUACUACGCCCGGAGCCCUGUGUCAGCACUGCCGGUGCGAACACAACCCCUCCAUCCCCUGUGAGGGCGAGACGCUGAAGGACCGCAGCGACUCCUCCGAUCCCAGUUCGUCCGGAGUCGGAAGUUUAGCCGAGGAAGACGCUCUCUCGAGCAUAUCUUCUUGUUCAGCCUCGGAGAAGUGGGCCGCUUGUUGGGGCGAGGGAGUCGAGACGAAGAGCGUCCUGGAUCUCAGUGAAGAAUCGCCUGAGCAGACCGUCCUCGGUCUUCUGAAAGACUCGGAGGAUAAGCUCAUCGACUGGUCAUGCCCUGUCGUUACUGAUCAUAGAGUUGAGGGAGAUCUAAUUCAGGUAAGCGAUCAGAAUGAGAAACCACGGUCUAUGGUAGAUGAUUUGGUAGCUGAUGAUCAGGUGUUGGUCCCACCACCCCUGAUUUCCUUGCAACAUGGAGAUGGACCGUCUAAAGAACCAGGUCCUACUCAUGUCCCACUGUCUGACCUAUCGUCAAUGCCUACCAACACCUCUAUUCCCCGAGAGCUAGAACUAGAAGCCACGGUGUCCACAAUGGGGGGAGCAAAUGAGCUCCAAGAAUCUUUUGGGGAUCUUCACGAGCCAGAGAACUUUGUUAAAGCUGCGGAUGGCGACGACGAGUCUUUUACGCCACACCCUCUGGAAACCGAAGGAACUUCCACCUGCCCUUCCUUCCACACGGUGACCUCGUUUUUGGGUGAUGGAUCGUCCUUCCUGGAGAUGCCGUUUGGAACCGGCAGCCUGGACGGUCAGCUCGUCCGUCAGAGCUCUCCGAAGACACCCAGACUCCUCUGUCCGAAAGACGGCCCGACGAUGACCGCUCCCCUCCUGGUCUUCAACGAGUCCUCCCUCGUGGAAAGCACGCUCGGCGUCAGCGACACAGAGGAGCAGCUCGUCCUCCAGAACGCCCCAAAACCGCCGGAGCUCCUCGACGUUAUCGCCAGCCGGACAUCGCCGUCCCCAGACCAGGCCUUCGAUGACCCCCUGCCGGGCGGGCGGUGGUUGUGUCCCAGCCCGGGAAGCCUCCUCAGCAGCAGCCUGCACGGCAGCGCCGACUCCCAGCACUACCAGACGUGUCUGACUCACAACUCCUCCGCGGCGACCUCGUCGGCCUCGGUGGACUCCCUGGUGGAGCGUCGAACGUCGGAGGACCUGUGGGGCUCCGUCUCCACGCUGCGCGGAGCCGAGAGCUGUGACGAACUCAGUCGGGUCCUCUUCCCGGAGAACGCGCCCGCUCCGGGACUAGAAGGCGCGUGUGGAGCAGCGGACGUCGACGGAGGGGCGGCGGAAGUGGGGUUGUUUCCGUCUGAAGAAACGUGUCUGGCUAAAGAAUUGGAGACAUGUUUUGAACCCGGUUUAAGCGUCGAGGACCUCGGUUCCCAUUCAGACACACCAAUUCAGAUUGGCGUGGGUUCAGUCGUUAACCGUAACCAUGGAAGUGACGACCAGCCGGCGGGAGGAACCCAGCAGAACGCGGGAGCGCCAUCGGAGGACACGCCACCCGCCCCCACAAAGACCGAAUGCCCUUCCGCGCUCCAACGCUCCCACUCCGAGGGCGCCAUGGCGACCGGCCUCUCCGGGCGCACCCUGACCUCCUUCGGGAGCGAUCCAAGCGUGGUCCCAUCCCUCCGCCCAACCGACCCCUCUGGGCCCCCUGACUCCGCCCGUACCCCCUUCCUCCUCCUCCUCCUCUCUCCUACUUCCUGUCUGCCCGCCGGACCGCCUGCUCCUUUAGCGCGCUGCUCCCUCCCUAGCGCUUCCGUCACCGCUUCGCUGCCGCUGCCGACGGCAACGCCUGGCCCCGCCCCCGAGGCUCCGCCCCCGCCGGAGGAAGCGCAUGCGACGGGUGUGGCGCAUGCGAGCGACGAGCCGCAUUUGAAGGUGGAGAAGGUGGAGCGACCGCAGAACAGCCCCCACCCCGUGCGACCCCUGACCCCGGGCUCCCAGGGGCCGGAGGAGAGGAGGGGCCCCGAGGGACGCUCGGUGCUGGAGAAGCUGCGCUGCACCAUCCAGCCCGGCCGCAGCAGCCAGCUCAGCGAGGCGGAGCCAGAGAGGAGGAAGUCCCUGACGGAGGGGGCGGGGUCUUACUUCCACCUGACCCACAACGAACUGGUGGCGCUGCUGGUGGGGCGGGAGGCGGACCUUGAGAGACAGAAGGCGGAGUUUGAGCGGCAGACGGCGCUGUUGUCGCGGCGCGAGGUGGAGCUGCGGCGGCUGAAGCCGCAGGUUCGAGACCUGGAGAACUACAUAGACACUCUGCUGGUCCGCAUCAUGGAGCAGACGCCCACGCUCCUGCAGGUCGGCACCACCAAGUUCAAGUGA